UGUGCGAGUGGCGUUUCUUGUUCUCUUGCAGGGUACAAUGUUAAAAAGCCACCGCUAGUCGCCCCCAGUGCUCCUACUCUCUGGGUCUUUUUGUCUCUAGUGCAGAUUAAACGUCACGUCCGCACUUGAACUUGAAUUUUAUCCCAUUGUACAGAGGCAGCCCCAGCCAUAGAGAGACAGAGCGCUCCCAGAGAACCAGGACUCCGCCAUCUUCACAUUGCAAUAUAUAAUAGUAAUAGCCAGCACCAGCCCAGCUGCACUGGGGGCUUCCUUCCUUCCAGUCCCAGUGCCAGGCGAGGGGGGAAGAGUGCAAAGUGGUGCAGGAGCACUGGCAAUCCAAAAGCACCAGGGCAAAGCAGUGCCACUUGAACUGGGAAAGAGGAGACACAAUUUUGGCUACCCCUUUUUAAAAAAUUCUCUCUAUAUAUCUACCCAGCAAGGGUCAAUCUCUGAAAAACAUUUUUGUUUUUGGCUUUUUUUUUUUUUUUUUUUUCGUGUGUGUGUUUGGGCAAUCCCAAUUCUAGUACUUUUUAAAAAUCUAUAUCUCGCCUUUUUUUUUUUUUCCCCUUUUUUUUUUUUUUUUUUUUUUUUUUUUUUAUUUUUAUCCUCCUGGUGGAAAAGCUCACUUGCCAAUUUGCCAACCACUCUGGAAAGAGGGAAAGAGAAAAGUAUCACUGGCGGUGCACAUCCUCCUAAGUUCAAGAAGAGACCUGGAAGUCCAAGUGGCAGAAGCAGUGGAGAAAAGACAGAGUGUGUGAAAGAAAAAAAAAAAAAGACCGAAAAAGAGCUUUUCCUGAUGAUGAUUUUUAAUUGAGAGAGGAUUCCAUCCAGUGCACCACAGCAGCAACAAAAAAAGGAGGCGCUUUUUUAUUAAAAAAAAAAUCUUUUUCUGAAAGAAGAACUCGAUAAAGAAGAAAGAGGGAAAAAGAAAAAAAAAAAAGAGGAAGAGGAUCGCGCCCCCACGACAUCCCCCCAAACCAGUGCAGCUCUCCAGGCGAUGCCAGUGUAAAUGCCAGGGCAAUGUCCCGUCGCAAGCAGGGAAACCCGCAGCACUUGUCACAAAGAGAGAUUAUCACACCAGAGGCUGACCAUGUGGAACCGGCACUCGCCGACGAGGAUGAGAGUCUGGCAAUAGCAGAGCCAGGUGGCAUCAGCAUCACCACAGGUGGGACAGACCCCGAUUUGUUAACCUGUGGACAAUGUCAGAUGAACUUCCCGCUGGGAGACAUCUUGGUUUUUAUAGAGCACAAGAGAAAACAGUGCAAUGGCACUGGUGGUGCCUGCUAUGAAAAGAGCAUGGACAAGAGCAGCCCUCCCCCCUCCUCACGUGCCGAGCUCAGGAAAGUGUCAGAGCCAGUGGAAAUCGGGAUCCAAGUCACACCCGAUGAAGAAGACCGUCUUCUCACGCCUACAAAAGGAAUUUGCCCCAAGCAGGAGAACAUUGCAGGGCCGUCCAGGCCUGCAAACCUGCCGGGGGCUCCCAUAGCUGCCUCCUCCCACCCUCACACAUCCGUGAUCACGUCACCUCUCCGCGCACUGGCCUCCCUCCCGCCCUGCCUUAGCCUGCCCUGCUGUGGUGCACGUGCAGUCUCAGUUGGCGGGACUCAGACUGAGAUUCAGACUGAGACGUCAGGCACAUUUGGAUGUCAUUGUCAGUUGUCAGGUAAAGAUGAGCCUUCAAGCUAUAUUUGCACAACAUGCAAGCAGCCUUUUAAUAGUGCUUGGUUCUUGCUUCAGCAUGCCCAGAACACACAUGGAUUCCGCAUCUACCUGGAAACAAGCCCUUCAAACAGUUCCCUCACUCCACGCAUCACCAUCCCUCCUCCUCUGGGACCGGAGACUGUUGCACAGUCCCCGUUGAUGAAUUUCCUUGGAGACAACAACCCUUUCAAUCUUUUGCGGAUGACAGGACCCAUCUUGCGUGAACAUCCUGGCUUUGGUGAGGGUCGGCUCCCAAACACGCCUCCGCUCUUUAGCCCACCGCCUCGUCAUCAUCUGGAUCCACACCGCCUUAGUGCCGAAGAAAUGGGGUUAGUUGCCCAGCAUCCCAGUGCCUUUGACAGAGUUAUGCGUUUAAACCCCAUGGCAAUUGAGUCUCCAGCGAUGGAUUUCUCUAGAAGGCUUCGAGAACUGGCAGGAAACAGUUCCACCCCUCCUCCAGUCUCACCCAGUCGCACCAACCCUAUGCAUCGCCUGUUGAAUCCUUUCCAGCCGAGUCCUAAAUCACCUUUUUUGAGCACCCCACCACUGCCCCCCAUGCCCCCCAGCAGCACUACGCCUCCUCAGCCUCAGGCCAAGAGCAAGUCCUGUGAAUUCUGUGGGAAAACAUUCAAGUUCCAGAGUAACCUUAUUGUGCACCGGCGCAGUCACACGGGAGAAAAGCCCUACAAAUGUCAGCUCUGUGACCAUGCUUGCUCCCAAGCUAGCAAGCUAAAACGCCACAUGAAAACACAUAUGCAUAAAGCUGGCUCCAUGACAGGCAGGUCAGAUGAUGGACUGUCCACUACUAGUUCUCCUGAGCCAGGCACAAGCGAGCUCACUGGAGAGGGACUGAAAUCCAGUGAGGCAGAUUUCAGGAAUGAGAGUGAUCCUUCCCUGGGCCAUGACAAUGAGGAAGAGGAAGAGGAGGAGGAGGAGGAGGAGGAGCUCGAAAAUGAGAGCAGGCCAGAGUCAAGCUUCAGUAUGGACUCAGAGCUGAGCCGUAACCGAGAAAAUGGCUCCAAGUCUCUGCCGGACGAGAAAUCCCUCGUCUUGGGAAAAGUCAUUGAGAAUGUAAGUCUAGGUGCCAUCCAGCAAUAUAAUGACAUGCUAGCUGAAAAACAGAAGAGGAGUAGCUUCAUGAAAAGGUCUUCUGACCAGCGAGACUUGUGUCCUCGAGACCUCUGUCAGAGAGAUCCAGGUGAUGAAGACUCAGUGGUAGGAGAGCUGGACCGCACUGAGGAAGGGACAGUCAAUGGAAGAAACUUUGGCCCAGGUGAACCCUUCCCAAACUUGUUCCCCCGCAAGCCAACGCCUAUCACGAGCCCCAGUUUAAACAAUUCCUCUAAAAGAAUAAAGGUAGAGAAAGAUUUGGACUUGCCACCAGCAACGAUAAUACCUUCCGAAAACGUUUACUCCCAGUGGUUGGUAGGGUAUGCAGCGUCGCGGCACUUCAUGAAGGAUCCGUUCCUUGGAUUCACAGACUCCCGACAAUCCCCCUUCGCAACCUCUUCCGAGCACUCGUCGGAGAACGGGAGCCUGCGUUUCUCCACCCCGCCGGGGGACAUGCUGGACGGGGGUCUCUCAGGGCGCAGCGGCACGGCAAGUGGAGGCAGCACUCCCCAUAUCAGUGGCCCCGGACCUGGGCGACCCAGUUCGAAGGAAGGGCGCAGGAGCGAUACAUGUGAGUACUGUGGCAAGGUCUUUAAGAACUGCAGCAAUUUGACGGUGCACCGUCGGAGCCACACUGGAGAGCGGCCUUACAAAUGCGAGCUCUGCAACUAUGCAUGUGCCCAGAGCAGUAAGCUGACACGCCAUAUGAAAACGCAUGGCCAGAUAGGGAAGGAGGUCUACCGCUGCGACAUUUGCCAGAUGCCCUUCAGUGUUUACAGCACCCUGGAGAAACACAUGAAAAAGUGGCAUGGAGAACAUUUGCUGACAAAUGACGUCAAAAUUGAGCAGGCAGAAAGAAGCUAAACCCCCCUCUCCCCCCCACUCCCCGCUAGGUUAAAUUUCAGGGGUCUAGGUAACAUUUUAUUUGUACAGUUUAACUAUUGCCAACUGAGAAAAGAUGACCUAACUUGCCUCCGUAAACAUAACUUAGCAUAACUAUGGUAGGUGCCAGACUUUGGCACUUAAAUAUAACCUGUGUCUACAAAGUUCUAUUAAAACCCGAGGGUUGAUUAAGGCAGUAAAAAUUGUGGAGCCUUUUAACUGUGCAAUAAUUUCUGUAUUUAUUGGGUUUUUUGUAAUUUUUUGGCAUGUGCAGGUACUUUUUUUUAUUCUUUCUGUUUAAAUUUCUUUAAAAAUUUUGUUGGGUAUCCCUUUUUAAUUUUACCCAGUCGUAGCCUGAGAUUACUUGCAUUGUAGGAGAGAAACAUAUCUUUAAAAUUAUAAUUUUUGGGCCGCUGCUUUGUUGAAAUUUAAGCUAAGCAUGUGUAAUUUCUUGUGAAGAAGCCAGCAUCUGAACAGAAGUACCUUUUUCUUUUUUGCCUUUCCUUUUCUUAAAUAACCUUGAAGAUUAGGGAAAACAAAAUUGUACAGCGGAUAACAAUCUUGAAAAUUAGCACUUUCUUUGGAAUUGGAUCGAAUAUGUAGCACUGACAAUGUCGCUGACGACAGAGGCCUUUUCUAGAUGGAUUUCAUCACUGAAGUUAUGGCAACAAAACAGACAUAGGUGCAGAAGGCAGCUACGUUAAAAAAACCCACAAACCUUAAUUGUGCAUUCUUAAUUGCGUAUUACUGUGAGAUAUUUUCUUCAUGUUACUAGUUAGGGCAAUAUAAUGGUGUCAGUUUGUCACUUUUUGGGGUACCUGUCCCUCCCUGCCUCCCUCCUCCUGGAGACAGUAAAAGUACAUAUUGAGUAUUGUAAUAAUGUUUUCAAACGUUGGAGGAGCCAAAUGCCAUGGUUUGGGUUUAUUUUUUUUUCUUUCAUUUUAAACCACAAAAUCAUAAAUUUAAGUUCAGGACUUCUACUUUAAUCCAGAAUUGCUGUAAUUAAAACAUUUACUAGAGGAUGGGAACGUGGGAAUUUCUCAAUGAAAAGCCUCAACUCAGAGAUAUGUGGUUUACGAACAGAAAUAUUAGAGCUAUCUUAGAUGAUGUGCAACAGUGUUAUUAUAAGGAAGGGAAGAAUAAAUUCUAGCUGAUCUACUUGUCUUGGCAAGAUUCUGCUCCUGCCGCAAUCGGCAAGAGUUUUCCCCAUGACUUAAUUAUGAACAGUAUGGGAUGUAUCCAGAGAAAAGCAUUACGACAGAAGAAAAAAAAAUCAAGCAAAGAAAAAUGCACUUGCUCUGCUUUCAAAUUCCAAAAUUUUAAAAGCCUUUUAUGACUAAUAUUGUCAACUAUUGUCAAUUGACAAUUACGGUUAGAGAUUUUAAUUAUGUUGACCCGCACUUUAAAGCUUUUUGUUUGUGGUAAAGAGAAAAAAUGGCUUCUCAACAAGAAAUUACAUGAUAUUCUUCUACUUGGCCCAAAGGUGGGUUAAACUGUAAGGGAACAGCUGAGAUUAAGUGUCAGUGUUGCUAAGCAUGGCAUUCACAAUACUGGCACUAUAAAGAAAAAAAAAAAGAAAGAAAUAAAAAUAAUUUAUUGGACAGUUUUUCUACUGCCAUUCAAUUUGACGUGAGUGCCUUGAAAACUGAUCUUCCUAUUCGAGUCUCUUGAGACAAAUGCAAAACGGUUUUUGUGAAACGAAAGACUUUAAAAGACAAGAAAAAAAAAAAGUAAAGCAAGAAAAGUACGUUCUUUAGGAAAAAAAAAUAAAAGAGCCACAUUUACUUAACAAAAAAAAAAAAAAAAAAAAAGGAAAGAAAUAAUUCCUGGUUGAAGAUAGUGGACACGAAAUGCCAUAAGACCCAAUCCCAUGAAGAUGUAUACCCAGCACAACUUCGGACAUCCAUUAGCUGAAUUAUUCUCAGCUUUUUUUUUUUUUUCAGGACAACGCUGCUUAGGAUAUGGAAUGGAAAUGAGUUACUGCUGAAUUAAAACUCAAAUGACACAAAUUGCAAGUUGUUAUCAUUGAAUGAGAAAAGCAAAACAAAACAAAACAAAAAAAAAACAAUUCAGGAACAACGGCUAAUUUUUUUUUUUCGUUUGUUUGUUGGAGAGUUAAAUUUAGUGCACUCUGUCUUAAAAUACGUUUACAGUAUUGAAUACAUACAAGGGUAAAAAAAAAAAAAGAAAUUGUGUGUACGUGUGUUUGAGCAAUCUUUUUUUUUUUUGUUGUUGUUUUUAAUUUCAAAGGUUGCUUAAUAGGUUAUUAAAAAAUAAAAAAAAGGAAAAAAAAUACAAACAACAGAAAAAAAAAAAACAAACCACAACCUUGCCAUAAUGGCCAUGUGUAUAUUGUUUUCUUUUGGUGACGGGGUUUUAGUAUAUAUUAUAUAUAUUAAAAUUUCUUGAUUACUGUAAAAGUGGACCAGUAUUUGUAAUAAUGGAGAAUGCCUGGGCAUUUUACAAAACCAGAAAGAAAAAAAAAAAACACACAAAAAAAAACAAACAAAAAAAAAUAAAAAGAAAAAAAAAUCCCCUUUCUUUUUUUUUGUUUUUGGUUGUUGUUUUUUUUUUUUAAAUCCUUGAAAAUGUUGCAGUAAAAUUUCAAUGGUGGGUCUAUAAAUUUGUUCUUGUCACUGUAAACUGUAAAGUCUUGAGUUUUAGUAAAUUUUUUUUCUGCCUUGGGUGUUGAAUUUUUUUUCUUUCUUUUUUUUUUCUUUUUUUUUUUUGUUUUGUUUUCCAAGAAAAAUUAAUAAUUGUAUAGAAUCUUGUAUUCGGGGAUUAAAAGGUGAUUGCUACACCAUGUAGAAAAAAGUAAGUAGAAAAAAGUGCUUAAUAUUGUUAUUGCUUUGCAGGAGAAAAAGAAAAAAAUCACGUUUCGGACCUGUACCUAUUUUUCUCUUUUUUAUUUUCUUUUUCUUUCCUUCCCCCUUUCCCUUCCCCUUCUGGAAUGGAUAUUGAUAUUGGUUGAUUCAUAUGAUGUAGGCACUUGCUGUAUUUUUACUGAAGCUUGUAAUUUUUUAACUGUACGCUUGUCCUUUUAAAGGGAUUUAAUGUACCUUUUUGUUAGUGAAUUUGGAAAUAAAAAUAAAAAAAAAAACAAAACAAACAAGCUGCCAUAAUAUAUUUUUUUAAUUUGGCAGGAUAAAAUAUUGCAAAAAUACUAAAAAAAAAAAAAUUUGUAAGUGAAGUCCUUAUUGUACAGGAAAAAUAAAAAGGGGGUUGUUAGACGACCUUUGAGUAAAAGAAACAAAACAAAACAAUUAAGCGCUUUUUAUUUUUAGGGUUUUUUUUUGUUGUUGUUGUUGUUUUUCACAAAUAAUUUUAGUUGUAUAUAUAUAUAUAUAUAUUGGGGUUUUUUUUGUUUUUUUUUUUUUGUCAGAAAUGGCCUACAAAAAAGUGCUGUUCCCACAGGGCUCUAAAUAAUGUCAAAGUUGCCUGGACCCCUUGCAUCAAGGUUUUACCAGGUAUGGUUGAACCAGGCUGGAUAGUUAUUGCUUAUUUGUGUGAAAUGAAAUUCCGUUCAUGGAAAGGUAUCUAGGGUGACAUCCCACAGCUUCCCUGCAGAUAUCAGAGAGAGAGAGAGAGAGAAAGAUUUAUUUCCCCCUUUUCCGAACAAGAUGUACAACACAUCUUCCUUCUCCUGGCCACCCUCUCUCCAUUCACUGCUCCCCGCACCCUGCCACCGCCCUCUGGAAGAAAGUGAUUUUAUAGCAAAAAGUGAGAGUUGUUGCACCCAUUUUGACAUAAAAAAGUAAAAUGGUCUGCUGGUGGUACAGCUGUCACCAGGUUGAAGUAAAAUUGGUCCAGGCACAGCCCUCCUUUUCCCUGUCAGAACAGGACCUAGUCCGUGUACAGGUCUUGCCAGUCCAUGUUAUUAGCUGCUUUGCUGCUGUUCACUCCUAAUUGUACAUUCCAUAAAUUUUUGAAUGUUUGAGGGACUGGGAUGAAAUCCUGUGCCUUUUGAUUUUUCUCUUCUUUGCUGUUCCUUCUCUCUCUCACACUUUUGGGUCAAGGGGAGGAACUGAUGCUCUAGUGGGUCAAGGUGGCAGAAAAGGAACUGAUGCUCUAGUGAAGGGGAGGAGGAGAAAAUGCUCACUGCUCUUGCAGAAAGUGACAGUAAAAGUUAAAACAAACAUAACCAAAAAACACACUGCCAUGCCAAAUUCUGCUGCUUCCAUCAAUGCAGAACUGCUGCAGCAAGUGGAGAGGCAUGCAUGUGACAGUGGGGAAAAUUUGCUUCAGCCACCUAUCAGAUAGGUGCAUCUUCCUGGCUUGAACAACAGACCCUUAAGACUUCUGGACAAAUUCUGGAUCUGGAUUAUACUGAUAGGAAUUGUCCACCACUCAUAGUCCUGCAUUACUCCAGCAUAGCUGAGGCUGAAAUGUGGUCUCUUAAAGGCACAUUUUCACUUUUUGGUGAAAAUUCAGAUCUCUGGCAUUUGUGUAAAUCCAGAGUCAUGCCACAGAACUCAGCUGAAUUUCUUGGACAUGCAUCAGUGUAACAAAGCUCAGAGUUAACUGCAUAUUUACAGUCCAGAAUUCACUGGUUUAAGAAAGAACUUCGCCUUUCAUUUUGGUACAAAUUGCCUAGGAUCUCCAGGCUCUCUGUUGUUUUUAUUUAUCAAGGAUAGGUAACACCAGCAGUUGUCUAAUUUUGUGAGUUAGAUCACCAAAACUAACAGCAAGUCACCCAAAAGCACAAGGGUUUUGUUUCUGCAGACUGUAGUGAUAAUGAAAUGGCUCUCCUUUUCUUCUUGCUUAGAAGAAUUCUAGUUUACUAGGCCAUAAGCACAAUAUAACAAAAAUAAAAUAGCUAUGAUGCUGCCAUAGUUCUUUUCACAAUUUAAAUAGGUUUUUAUUAUUAUUUAAGGUUGAAUUUAUUCUUUUGAUUGUGUCUGGUCCUACCACCUUUGAAGUCCAGAGCAAAACUCCAGUCAACUUCCUUGGCAACAGGUCCUUGGACAGGACCGAGAACCUGGUUUUAGAAAGGAAAAGUACAGCUUAUUAAGGAGAGGGUCAAAACCCCAGCAUUUCAUCCCAGUCCUUUGCAAAAGACAGUCCAAGGUUUUGUUUUUCACAGGCAAACUCAUUUUUAUGGUGCUCUUUGUAUUUUAGAACUGCAAAGCAAAGUAACGUUGAUUUAAGUUGUUUGCAUUUGUACCGGCAAGGCAAAAUAUUUUUAUUACCUUUUUCUAUUACUUAUUGUAUGAGCUUUUGUUGUUUACUUGGAGGUUUUGUCUUUUACUACAAGUUUGGAACUAUUUAUUAUUGCUUGGUAUUUGUGCUCUGUUUAAAAAACGAGAGCACUUUUUUUUUUUAUUAUGGAUAAAAUGUUGAGAUGGCUGGAGGUCAUUUCAAUAUGGCUUAGUGAAAUAUUUAUUGUUCCUUUUAUUCUCUGUACAAGAUUUUUGGCCUCUUUUUUUUUUUUUUUCUUCUUUUUUUUUUUUUGGUUUGUUUUUUGGGUUUUGUUUUUCCCUUAUUGUCACAAUGUUGAGUUCAGCAUGUGUCUACCAUUUCAUUUGUACGCUCGUUCAAAACAACGUUUGUUCCAGUUUCAAGUUAUAAAAAUAAAUUGGACAUUUGACUUGAUCUCCAAA